AUGCGGCCCUGCAAACAGGGCCACAAGGAAGCCCCUGUGCGGUCUCUCGCCCUCUCCAGCAGCACCGGCACUGCUGCCAUGUCGGCCACCAACCAGGGCUGGCCUGAGGACUUCGGCUUCCGCCUGGGCGGCUCGGGCCCCUGCUUCGUCCUAGAGGUGGCCGAAGGGAGCAGCGCGCACGCGGGGGGGCUGCGGCCCGGGGACCAGAUCCUGGAGGUGGAGGGGCUGGCGGUGGGGGGCCUGAGCCGCGAGCGCCUCGUGCGCCUGGCCCGGCGCUGCCCGCGUGUGCCACCCAGCCUGGGCGUGCUCCCGGGCCCCAACGGCGGCCCUGUUGCAGGAUCCGGCCCCAUGCCCCCGAUCACGGCCCUGCGGCCCCUGCGCUCCGGCCGCGGCCUCUCGCUGGGCCGCGAGCUGCUUCGCCUGGCCGGCCGCAAGCGCCCCGGCGCCGUGCACCGAGAACGCAGGCGCAAGGCCCAGGAGUUCAGCCGCAAGGUGGACGAAAUCUUGGGGGACCAGCCGGCUGCCAAGGAGCAGGUGUUCGCUGCACUGAAGCAGUUCGCGGCCGAGCAGCGGGUGGACAACCUGGUGUGGGCGCUCACCCUGGAGCUGCCCCGCGAGGCCCGUGGGCCACUUCUGGACAACCUCAGGAUCUUCAUCCCCAAGAAGCACCGGGCGCGCUUCGACGAAGUGGUGUCGCAGGGUCUGCUGGGCAAGCUGUGCCGCGCUCGGCGGGGGCAGGGCGCGCAGCGGCUGCGCCGGAGCCGCAGCGAGGAACGGCCCGAGCGCCUCCUGGUGUCCACGCGCGCCAGCGCCGCCCCGCGCCGCCCCGACGAGGCGCCCCCGCGCAAGGCCGCCUCGCUGCUGGGCGGCCGCGCCGGCCCGGGGGGCGCGCGCAGGACGGUCCGAGUCUACAAGGGCAACAAGAGCUUCGGCUUCACGCUGCGCGGCCAUGGGCCUGUCUGGAUCGAGUCUGUCCUUCCUGGGAGCCCGGCUGAUAAUGCUUCCCUCAAGUCGGGCGACCGGAUUCUCUUCCUUAACGGACUGGACAUGAGGAACUGCUCCCAUGACAAGGUGGUGUCCAUGCUGCAGGGCAGUGGUGCAAUGCCCACACUGGUGGUGGAGGAGGGCCUCGCCCCGUUUGCCAGCGACUCUGAUUCUUUGGAUUCCCCCAACCCGUCGUCGGCACUCACCUCCCUCCAGUGGGUGGCGGAGAUCCUGCCGUCCAGCAUCCGGGUGCAGGGGAGGACUUUCAGCCAGCAGCUGGAGCACCUGCUCACACCUCCUGAGCGCUACGGGGUCUGCCGGGCCCUUGAGAGCUUCUUCCAACACAGGAACAUCGACACUCUCAUCGUUGAUGUGUACCCUGUGCUGGACACACCUGCCAAGCAGGUCCUCUGGCAGUUCAUCUACCAGCUGCUGACUUACGAGGAGCAGGAGCUCUGCCAGGAGAAGAUUGCAUGCUUCCUGGGCUACACGGCCAUGACAGCAGAGCCAGAGCCCGAGCUGGACCUGGAGCCUGAGCCGGAACCCGAGCCGGCGCCUGAGCCCCAGCCACGGAGUUCCCUCAGGGCCUCCUCCAUGUGCCGCCGCAGCCUCCGGUCCCAGGGCCUGGAGGCCAGCCUCGGCUGUGGUCCCAGUGACUGCCCCGAGAUGCCUCUUCCUCUGAUCCCAGGCGAGCGCCAGGCUGGUGAUGGCACAUCCCUCCCCGAGACCCCCAACCCCAAGAUGAUGUCAGCCGUCUAUGCGGAGCUUGAGUCCCGACUGAGCAGCAGCUUCAAAGGGAAGAUGGGGACCACAUCCAGAUCCCGUGCCUCCCCACCAGUACCCAGCUCGGCAGGCACAGCAGGGCCCAGGACCUCAUCCAGCAUCUCAUGGCCCAGUGAGCAGCUCCUCUCUUCCCCCUGCUACUACCCACUGUGCUCAGGGGGCCCAGCCUCCCCCAGCAGCUCUGAGUCCCACCCCUACGCCAGCCUGGACAGCAGCAGGGCGCCAUCCCCGCAGCCCAGCCCUGGGCCCAUGCGCUCUGACAGCCCCCCCAGCCCGGACCCUGCCCGCCCACCUAGCCGCAGGAAGCUCUUCACCUUCUCCCGCCCCGUGCGAAGCCAGGAUACUGACCGCUUCCUGGAUGUGCUGAGUGAGCAGCUGGGCCCCCGGGUCACCAUCGUGGAUGAUUUCCUGAGCCCCGAGAACGACUAUGAGGAGAUGAGCUUCCACGAUGACCAGGGCAGCUUUGUAACCAACGAGCGGAGCAGCGCCAGUGAAUGCAUCAGCAGCAGUGAGGAAGGCAGCUCCCUGACAUACUCCUCCAUCUCUGACCACAUCCCCCCCCCCCCCCCAAGCCCAGCUCCCCCCCCCCCCCCCCCCCGGGGCCCCACUCAGGCGCUGGCAAAGCCCCUCACCCAACUCAGCCACCCAGUCCCUCCACCACCCCCGCCGCCCCUGCCCCCACCCGUGCCCUGUGCACCCCCCAUGCUGUCCCGGGGCCUGGGCCACCGCCGCAGCGAGACCAGCCAUAUGAGCGUCAAGCGCCUGCGGUGGGAGCAGGUGGAGAACUCGGAAGGCACCAUCUGGGGUCAGCUCGGGGAGGACUCUGACUAUGACAAGUUGAGCGACAUGGUGAAAUACCUCGACCUGGAGCUCCACUUUGGUACCCAGAAACCUGCUAAGCCAGUGCCCGGGCCUGAGCCCUUCAGGAAGAAGGAGGUGGUGGAGAUCCUCUCCCAUAAGAAGGCCUACAACACCUCCAUCCUGCUGGCGCACCUGAAGCUGAGCCCGGCCGAGCUGCGGCAGGUGCUCAUGAGCAUGGAGCCCCGGCGCCUGGAGCCCGCGCACCUGGCGCAGCUGCUGCUCUUCGCGCCCGACGCCGACGAGGAGCAGCGCUACCAGGCCUUCCGGGAGGCGCCCGGCCGCCUCAGCGAGCCCGACCAGUUCGUCCUGCAGAUGCUGUCGGUUCCCGAAUACAAGACCCGCCUGCGCAGCCUCCACUUCCAGGCCACCCUACAGGAGAAGACAGAGGAGAUCCGGGGCAGCCUGGAGUGCUUGCGCCAGGCCUCCCUCGAGCUCAAGAAUAGCCGGAAGCUCGCCAAGAUCCUGGAGUUUGUGUUGGCCAUGGGCAACUAUCUCAACGAUGGACAGCCCAAAACCAACAAGACCACAGGCUUCAAGAUCAACUUCCUGACGGAGCUGAACUCCACCAAGACAGUGGACGGGAAGUCCACCUUCCUGCACAUCCUUGCCAAAUCGCUGAGCCAGCACUUCCCCGAGCUCCUGGGCUUUGCUCAAGACCUGCCCACCGUGCCCCUGGCUGCCAAAGUGAACCAACGGGCCCUGGCCAGCGACCUGGCUGACCUCCACGGCACCAUCAGUGAGAUACAGGCCGCCUGCCAGAGCAUGUCCCCCUCCAGCGAGGACAAGUUUGCUGUGGUCAUGGCGUCCUUCCUGGAGACGGCUCAGCCCGUGCUACGGGCUCUGGACGGGCUGCAGCGCGAAGCCAUGGAGGAGCUGGGCAAGGCGCUGGCCUUUUUCGGCGAGGAUUCCAAAGCCACCACCUCCGAGGCCUUCUUCGGCAUCUUUGCGGAGUUCAUGAGCAAGUUCGAGCGAGCGCUCAGCGACCUGCAGGCCGGGGAGGGCACGCGCAGCUCGGGCAUGGUCUCGCCCCUGGCCUGGUGACGGCGGCGGCC